CACUAUGAGACACAUAUGCACUCACUAUUGUUACACUAUGGGAGAGACAAACCCAUGCUAUCAUGACACACACUCACCAUUAUUACACUAUGAGACAGUAUCAUUACAUCAUCAGACGUGAAUGCACACACACAUCCUCCUCAGACACGUACCCGCUGGCGCUGACUGGCUGGAGCCUUUACUACUUUGGACAGGACAUCAGUGGGUGGCAAGUUUUCGACAGAAAUACUUCUCAGUUGGCUUUGGAUGAACUCAUGUUUAACUUGGGGCUUUCUUCCCUUCACUGUAGUAAUUCUAGUUACUCAGAGCAGCUGUUCUGAGUGCCUAGGCCUUCUUGGGUAGCAGGGUGGCACAAAUAUCCUUCUCGGGGCGUUGAAGCAGGUGCUUUCGGCCCAGGUUUUUGCAGACUGUCAUGUUAACACUGCAUCUGAUGCAAACGGAAUACUUAAGGCUGUACAAUUGGAAAUGGAGCGCUAAAGACAGCGCAUGGCAGGCAGUUGCCGCACCCGGUACAUGUCUGUAUGGACCAGGAGCUGGGGGUGCUCGCAGCAUGCUAGAAAACAAACCUGGCUUCCCAGAGUGGCUCUGUAGGAAGGAGAGAGAAGACCCGGCAGAGCAGGGAUUUCCUGGGUUUUCUUUCUUGAAGCGACUAGUUUCGCGCUGCAGCUUGAUGUAACCCUUCCGUCGUCUUGUUCUGCAGAUGAGUCUAAACGUGCAGGUGAUCCCUGUAGCGUCUCCACUGAGGAAGAAACGGCUGGACUUCGAGGAUACCCCUGACUCCGAGCCCUCAAAGCCCAAGCGCCCACGGUUGGGUCCCGUGUCAGGACUCACCCCAUGCCUGCAGCCCCUUGUGCAGUCCCCUUGUGCCGUGGAACAGGACUCCAGGGUCUUGCAGAUUGGACCGUACAUCCUUCUGGAGCCCAGGGAAGGGGGCCACUCCUACAGGGCUGUGCACAGGCACACGGAGGCGGAGUACAGCUGCAAGGUUUAUCCGGCAAGGAGUUACCCAGAGACGAUAGCCCCUUACGGGCACCUCUCGCCCCACCCCAAUGUGGCCCAGGUUGCCGAGGUGAUCCAAGGGGACCAGAACGUCUACGUCUUCUUCCAGCCCGGCGGAGGUGACAUGCACAGCCACGUCCGCCGGUGCAAGCGCCUGCCCGAGAGAGAGGCCGCUGGGCUCUUCCGACAGAUGGCCGAGGCGGUCGCCCACUGCCACGACCACGGGGUCAUCCUCCGAGACCUCAAACUCCGCAAGUUCCUCUUCGUGGACAGGGAGAGCACAAAGCUGGUGCUGGAGAACCUGGAGGACGCCUGUCUUCUGAGCGGCCCGGAUGACUCUCUGUCGGACAAGCACGGCUGCCCGGCGUACGUGGGCCCGGAGAUCCUCAGCUCCAAGAACUCUUACUCAGGGAAGGCGGCUGACGUGUGGAGCCUGGGCGUGGUGCUCUACACCAUGCUGGUGGGGCGAUACCCCUUCCAGGACACACAGCCUGCCAUGCUCUUCAGCAAGAUCCGCCGGGGCGUCUUCUCCAUCCCGGACGGCCUCUCCCCCAAGGCCAGGUGCCUCAUCCGAUGCCUCCUGCGCAAGACCCCGGCUGAGAGACUGACGGCCCGGGAGAUUUUGCUCCACCCCUGGCUAGCGAGCGGUGGUGCUGGCUCCGAGGACUCCUGCACAAACCCCUCUGGGGAGCAGGGGAUGGAGCAAGUUGUGCCAGACACCUGGAGCCAAAAGGACGAGGAGGAGGAGGAGGAGGAAGAUCUGCACAGUUAAGCAUUCAGAGGAUCCCCAAGGAUGCAUUACAAAAGGGGCCCUCCGUGCCCCCAGGGAACCUUAGACUGUCGGAUGCCCCAGGCGAGCUGGGGCUGGUGACUGUUUGUCUAAGGGGGGCUGCUGCUCAGAUCGGGAUAACGCUGUGGCUGUGUCGGCCCCAGCAGGGCCCAGAGCCAGGACUUGCAAACCCAAGUGCCUCAGAGUGGGAGCUGUGGUUGUCCAGGCGCGUGUCUGAAUCCUGCAGAGCGGGAAAGUGCCUUAGCCUCUGACACGGCGAUUCAGGGCGGACGGAACUAAACGGGAGUGAGCCCCGAGCGAGCCCUGGUCUAGGGGGCUCCCACUUACUCGUGCCAAAGAACUUGUUCAAACUCUGAUCACCAGCAGCGCCCUCCCAGAGGGAUGGUGUGUUUCUCAUUCCCAGACAUGGGGCUCCGGAGGCAGGGAGCGGCCAGGGAACCGAGGCAGGCCCUGGCGUCUCCAGGUUCUGCACCAGUCCCUGUGGCCGCGUAGAAGCAGGAUGGGUGCAGAGGGGGCUGAGCUCUGAUACCAGCUUCCUGAAGCGGGGGUGUUGGGGGGGCCCUUUCCCAGAGGGCACAGGACAGCGGGCAUGGGAGGGUGUUUGAGGAGCUCCUUGUCCUUGUCACCUGGGAACUGUGAGCUUUGCUGCAGCCAGGGCAGCGGCUCCGUGGGGCCUGGAGGGUAGAGACGUUAAUGGGCAGA